AUGGCUACCAAAAUCAACCACAAAACAACCUUUGAGGCUGCCAAAACUAUCGAGCCGAUUUUCACAGGCGGCGAUGUGUCGCACAAUGCCAGCGGAUCCUUCAUCGCCACCUGCGUUGAUGAGGACGUCUUGAUUGUCAGUGUACAGACUGGAAAGGUGCUCUGUCGUAUCGAAGGGGAUGGAGAAGCUGUGACAAGUCUGUGUCUGGCUCCAGAUUUAUACCAUUUGGUCAUUGCUUCGCGGUCGCUUUCUCUGCGGAUAUUCUCACUCAAACAUCUAGAAGGAUCAAACACGAUAACCGCGGAGCUCACGCGCACCUUGAAACCGCAUACCACUCCGGUGGUGUCAUCGGCUAUUGAUGCCACGGGAUCAUUGUUGGCGACGGGAGGUGCCGAGGGCACGGUGAAGGUAUGGGAUCUCAGAGGAGGUUAUGUUUCGCAUACAUUUCAUGGCCAUGGCGGUGUCGUCUCUGCUCUUCACUUCUUCCAAUCACAGUCAACCGGCCCAUCAAAUAUAAAGACGAGCCGCAAGCGAAAGAGUCGCGGAGAUGAUCAGAUGGAAGUCGACGAUCCAUCUCCAUCUCGAUCUAUCUACCUUGCAUCUGGAGGAGAAGAUGGGAAAAUCCGCAUAUGGGAUUUAGCCACCCGAAAAUCCAGCGCUACCCUCGACUCUCACGUCAGUGUCGUGCGAAGCCUGGAAUAUUCCGAAGAGCAACAACUGCUUUUAUCAGCAAGCCGUGACCGGACAAUCAUUCUCUGGGAUGGCCGGACUUGGAAACAGCAAAGAGUCAUUCCAGCUCUGGAAGUGCUGGAAACCGCCGGUUUUCUUGUGGGAGGUGGAUUCUGCUACGCUGGAGGAGAACAUGGAGCAGUCAGGAUCUGGAACGUCAGCAUGGGCCGCGAAGUCACUCCCAAGCAGAAACCAGGGCUCGAAAAUGAUGCAAUCACAGCCAUCAUCCCUGUGGUCGAGGACGACGCGGUUCUGUCUAUUCACCGGGAUCAAACCAUGAAGUUGCAGAGCGUUUCUGCCCUGCGCAGUCUCCCACCGUCAGAGUCACUGGGGUCUUUACCGGUGCUUCGGACAAUCUCUGGAAAUUAUGAUGAAGUCAUUGACAUGGCCUGCGUCGGUCCCGACAGGACUCUGCUAGCACUUGCCACCAAUACGGAAAGCCUCAGAUUGAUUUCAAUUCAAGAUACUGAGAAAACAACAAACUCCAAGCCCCCAGAAGGUGUCGAGACUUUCGGCAACGACGUUGCGUUGCUUGAGGGUCAUGAAGACAUCAUCAUCUGCUUGGAUGUCGACUGGUCAGGCUACUGGGUAGCAACCGGUGCAAAGGACAAUACCGCAAGGUUGUGGCGAUUAGACCCUGCUUCAUCCUCGUACGAGUGCUUUGCCGUUUUCGCAGGACAUGCAGAAUCCUUGGGGGCCAUCGCAUUACCCAGAAGCCCACCGACGGAUGGCCCAGCUUUGAGGAAUCCAGCACUACACCCGCCAGCAUUCCUCUUGACGGGUUCACAAGACAAGACGAUCAAACGAUGGGACACAGGGAAACUGAAGUAUGACCAGUCAGCAACAGAACCACAAACUGGCACCAAAGCCUUGUUCACUCGAGUUGCGCACGAAAAGGAUAUCAAUGCCAUGGACGUGUCGCCCAUCUCGCCACUGUUUGCUUCAGCGUCUCAAGACCGCACUAUCAAGGUGUGGUCUCUGGAGGACGGCUCGGUGACGGCGGUGCUGCGCGGCCACAAGCGAGGCGUCUGGUCUGUCCGCUUCUCUCCCGCAGGGACUCCUCCGCUCUCUCUCCCGGAUGGGGGAUCAAGUGGCGCUCGCGGACUGCUUGUGAGUGGAUCAGGGGACCGAACAGUCAAAGUGUGGUCGCUUUCGACCUACACCUGUCUUCAAACGUUCGAAGGGCACAGCAAUUCGGUGUUGAAAGUCGUCUGGAUUCCCCCCACCACUGAUUCCGAGACCCAAGAUGAUGACGAUGCUGGAGAAGAUAAUGCCCGGCCCUUUCAAGCCCGAUCCAAUAAUCAACCUUUAAUAGCGUCCGCAUCCUCUGACACACUCGUCAAGAUUUGGUCCCCAUACUCAGCGGCCGCCGCAGACUCGGACCAUCUCCUGACGACUCUCGACAACCACACCGAUCGCGUCUGGGCACUGGUCGCGCCAAACUCGUAUCCGCGUAUACCGUCCUCUUCGAGCAAAAAGCACAGCAACAAGUCACAACCUCAACAGCCCUAUCCUUACUCGCUAAUAUCAGGCGCCGGCGACGCAACCUUGACAUUCUGGCGUGACACCACUCUACAAACCACACUACUGGCGUCCCAACGCGCGACCGAGCGGAUCGAACAAGACCAACUCCUCCAGAACCACAUUUUCGGCAAAAACUACCGCGAGGCUAUUACCCUGUCUUUGGCGCUGGGCCACCCUGGUCGACUACUGCGGGUGUUCGAGGAUGUGGUCACUUCGUCCGAGUCCCAGAAGGAGCGGACCGAGGAUGACCACCACGACGGCGACGAUGACAAUAACCGCAGCAACAGCAGUAUAAUGGGCUCCAAGGCGGUCGAUGACGUCCUCGCCUCCCUGGACAGGACACAACUCUGGCAAUUGCUGGAGCACGUACGGGACUGGAACACCAAUGCCCGCACAGCCCCCGUCGCCCAGAGAAUCCUCAAUUGCCUGCUGCGUUCGUACCCGAAGGACGUGUUCGUCGAGAUGGCCAGGGACAAGAAGCUAGUAGGCGCUGCGAGUGGCAGGAUGGAGCCGACAGCAGCAGGAGGGAAAACGCGGAGCGGAGCGGGUGGUGGGAUGAAGGAGCUCCUGAGAGCGUUGGAGGUCUACACGGAAAGGCAUUACAAGAGGAUGGAGGAGUUGGUCGACGAAAGCUACCUGAUUGAGUACACGCUGCGGGAGAUGGAUGAGGUUGCUGGCGUCUCGGCUGCGGGUGGACUGAAUGGGUCGCUACUACUCGCCAACGGGCACGAGGCGCAGGAUGGAGAUAUUGUCAUGGUAUGA